AGUCAUUUUAAGAUGAUGCCCAGCUAUAAAAAGGACAAGAGCAUUGAGAAGAGUCCACAAACCGAACAAUAUGCGGUGGUACAUUGUUCCUCUUACGUAUCUUGUAAUUGGAUUAUACAACGUUCAUGGUUGUGUGGAGAACCAUGUCCAAUGUCUGAAGAGCUUCCAGUGGAAAUAUCGGGCUUUUCGAACCUUUCACCAUAUCUCCAAUGCCGAGACUUGCCAAGCAGCGUGUUCUAGAUACAGUUCUCGGUUGAACUACUUUUCGUUUGACGUUUCGAUUCACCGCUGCAUAUGCCUUGCUAAUUGCUUAAUCCAUCGAGGAGAUGAUGCUCAGAACGAUGUGACAGGCACUGUCUCAGACGUGGACCCAAGUGAACUGUGUCAAGUUCCAGAAAAUCAAGACACCCAAGGGCAACAGGUACAGGAAGACCCCUUGAAGCUUCUUUUUUUCGACAACAAGCGCAUAUUCUCGUUCAACUCGCAGACCAAGGAGUUGCGCACCAUUACAUCAUUUGAAGAAAAAUAUCUUAAUAUCAAGGCUGUCACCAAGGUGAAUGACAAGCUUUUCUCAAUGGUUACCGAAGACCAAUCCCCAGAUGGGAGAGAGCAAAGAGGUAAUUCAUAA